GGAGCGAUCGCCAUGGCCGGAGCAGAAAUGAAUCUGGAGACCGUGAUACAGAAUUUGGAGGACACUGUACUGAAUCCAGAGAGCGUGACUGGAGAGAGGAGGAUGACUCUUGAGGAAGAAAGUGGCAGACGGACUCCUGUUCCUGCUCAGAUAAGGGAGAUUAUUAUACAGAACCUGAGUGAAGAUCCAACAGAUCCAGCAGGCAAGGUUACAGACUCACACCAAUACCACGGUCUGCAGGAGGAAAACAGAUUGCUACAGGAUGAGCUAUCUCGUAUGAAAGACCUGUUGGAACAAACACGCUACGAGAAUGAUGAACUCACCAUCAAAUACAAUACAUUGGUGGAAAAGAGUCAGAACCGCCGUGAAAGUGAACUGAUUUUAGAUAUGAGGCGUCUUCAUAAGGAGGAGGAGAUGGCUUAUAAACACAAACUGGCAGCGUUUCAGGAUGGGCAACAGAAACAAGCACUGCUUGUACAGAGAUUACAGGACAAGGUAUUGCACUAUAAGAAGAGAUGUGGAGAACUAGAGCAACAGCUUUUGGAGAAAACACGUGAAAAUGAAGAGCAAAAAUCAGCAUUUCAGGCUCGUUUGGGUUCAGCAGAAGCUGCCAUGAACAGACAAGAGGAGGAUCACAAGAGAGAUCUGAGGAGAACUGUGGCCCAACUAGAAGAGGAGCGUCAAAGGAGUAGCAGCCUUUUAUAUGACAACAAGACCCUGCAAAAGCAAAUAGAACUGCUGACGUUAGCCAAUGAGAGACUAGAUACCGAGCUUACGUUUCAUCUCCACCAAUCACGCGGCGGUGCAGAGUCUGAGUGCAGAGAGGAAAGCAAGAGUUUUACUGAAGGCCCGAGUGAUGAGCAUAGGAGAUAUCUGGAAAUACUUCGCCUGUCGUCGGUUCUGCGUGACAAAUUCAUUCAACUGCGUUCAUCAACUGAGAAAAAACUGGCUGAGAUGAAGGAAGACGUUUCACGUGGCUCACGGCGUGUGAACACAGCCUGUCUGAAUCUAGACUCCAACCAGAAGCUUUCUCAGAAUGAAGCUGGGGCAUCCCUACGUUCAGCCUUCCUUGAACAGGAGCUCCGGGACAAGUUGCGCCAUAUGUCCCACAUGCAGACCCAAUGGAAUAUAGAAAAAGUAGAGCUGAACUCCAGGAUCACCGCUCUGACCGAGCGAGUGGAGAAACUGAAAGAAGACAAUAGUAAGAAGGAAAAGGACAUGCAGAGGCUGGAGAACAUCGGGUGUGAACUGAAAUCGGUUCAAAAACAGCAUGACUUGCUGCGUCAAGUGCUGAAUGCUAUCUGUCAGGUUUGCCAAGCCGAUUCCGAUCUAGAUUCUACGGAUGUGGAGUAUUCGGGAGAACAAGUGACAGGUGAAAUGAGAGAGACUCUGUCACCGUCUCAUAGAAGACCCCCCACUUGCAAAUGGGCUCUAUAUACGCAUGAUGUGGCUUUCAAGACUGUACAGAACGCACUGCAGAGACAUCAGCAGACGGAGAAGGAUCUACGCUCAGAGCUUAGAAAGGUGCAGGAGCUGCUGGAUGCUACAAAGGAGCAGCUCCAAGAUUCAGAGCACCAAAUACAAGACAUGACUGUAGAGAAAAAAGAGAUCUGUAACAUCCUAGAAGGAGCAAAACAACAAUGCCAGCGGUGUCAAGUGAGCCACGAAGCCCUAACCAGGGAGAGGAAUAGCCUUGAAUCGUCUCUGCAGACAGUGAAGCAGAAAAAUGAGGCUUUGCUGCUUGAAGUAGAAAAGUUAAAGGCCGUGAACACCGAUUUACUGCGCCAGAGGGAUGCCCUGGAAGAGCUGAAAGAGGAAUUAACCAGAGAUUGUGAGCGAAGUCGUAAGGAACUGGAGAGAGGACAAAGGUCUCAGGACCAGUUGGAAGAGAAAGUGUCCAUGCUGAAGAAGGAUCUUGUGACCGUGAGGGAAAGCAUGAGUCAGAAAACUCUUGAAAGAGAUGUCUUACAAGGAGAGAAGGAGACUUUGGCUAGUGCCCUUUCCAAGGCUGAAUCAGGCAGAGCAGAACUGGAACUGGCGCUUAAUCAGAUACGCAGUGAAUGUGCGGCGCUGAAUGACUCUCUGGCCAAAAUGGGUGCACUGAAUGAAGGCCUGGCACAAGACAAGGUGGCACUGAACCGUCUGAUUUUAGAGCUGGAGACAGACCAUGUAUCUCUGCAGGAGGAACGUCGGGCCAGUGAGGCUAACGUUACAGCUUUAAAGGAGGAAGUGAAAGCCCUGGAGCUUGAGAUGUCACAGCUAAAAUCAGAUAGAGCAGGGCUGGAGCGCAGGCUCCAAGAUGCCAACGAGAAACAUCAAAAGCUGGAGGAGCAGGUCCACACUAUGCGGAGAGACAGAACUACUUUACAGGAGCAGCUCACUCAGGCCAAUGCUAAGACACAGUCACUGCAGGAUAAGUUGCAUGACUGCCACAGGGAAUUGGACUUGCAAACAUCAGCGUUGCAGAGGACAACCCAGCACAUAGAAGAGCUGGCCAACGAAAAUGCAGAGCUUGGUGUGCAACUCGCUGCGCUGGAGGCUGAGAGACAAGAGCAUGAGGAGGAACUCUCCAGACUCAGAACACUUAAGAACUCCAUAGAAAACACACUAUAUGAUACACAGAGGAGGGCAGCUCAGCUUGAGGAUAGCAGGAAACAACUGGAAGGAGAGAUCAACAGCUUACUUCUUGCAAACCAAGAACUGCAAGCGGAGGUGCAGAAGCAAUCCCUGGAAGCAGAAGAGAAAAUGGCUGCCCUACGUCAACAAAAGGUUACAUUGGAGCUCCAACUGGCCCAGACAGAGCAAGCAGCGCAGCUUUCUCUUAAUAACCAGGUCCAGCAACACCAAGACACUAUGGAGAGACUCAAGAAGGAAAGGGAGUCUCUGUGCCUAGCAAUGAAUUUGGAGAAACAGGAGGCUGUGCAGCGUCUCGAGGAAGAGAAAAAGAGCCUUCUUGAAGACUUUGAGGCCACAAAACAGAAGUUAAACUCAGACAUCCUCCGUCUGCAAGAAGAGAAAGAAGACAGCUUGCUCAAGGUGGAGAGUGAAAAACAAAAGGCUUUGCUGCUCAAAGAGGCAGAGAAGAAUAACCUCAGCGAGAAGCUGAAACAGUCCCAGAGAGAGCUUGCUGACCUCCAUCGUGAAACAGAGAGGUUCAAACGUGAAGCCAAAAAUAAGCAGGAGCAUGAUAAGACUGUGCUGGAUGAUGUGUCAUCAGAACUGAAGACCCUGCAAGUGGAGUUUGAAAAUACUAUGCUGGCUCAUUCGAAAGAAAACAGUAAUCUGUGCGAGCGAGUGAAGCAGCUUAGUCAGGACAGAGAAAACCUAAUGAAAGAGGUGGAACAACUGACAACAAACGUGAGGAUGGCUGAGGAUACGAGGGAUGGCCUGCGUAGGGAUAUAAUUGAGAUGCAGCGUCAGCUAAGAGAGCUAGGGGAAACAUCUGAAAUGCAAAAGAAGCAACUUUUAGAUCAACGCAGAGACCUUGGAGAUUUAACUCGUGAGAAAGAAGAACUGAUGAGAUCCAACAAUGAACUGAGGUCCUGCAUAAAAAAAACCGAAGCAGAGAAGAGCAGUCUCCAGGUUGCUUUAGAUGAGAAACAACAGAGAAUAACUGUACUGCAGAACGGAAGAGCAUGUGCAGAGAAGGAAGUCGCACAACUGAGGACAAACCUGCGGGAGGUAGAACGCAGCCACGUAGAUGCCCGCAGACAGCUGCAGGAACUUCGAAGACAGGUAAAGACUCUCGGUGGAGAGAGUAGCCAAAAGGAACAAGAAGUAGCAGAGCUUCAAGCUCGGAUACAGCAGGAAGAGAAGAAAGAGGAGCUGAGCCGCAGAGAGUCACUAGAACUAAGACAACGUAUCACAGAGAGCGAGGCUGAGAGAGAAGCUGCUCGCAGAGAGAUCUUGUCCUUGCAGCAGCGCUUGUCUGCAUUAGAGUCUUCAUCAUCUCACCGUGAAAAGGAUUUUGAGCUACGUUUGAGUGAUAGUCGUGCUGGGGAGCAGCAUCUGCAGGAGACAUGCAAGACUCUGCAGGAACAGAUUCAGCGAGCAGCCAGGGAGACUGGAGACCUUCAGCUUCAGCUGGGAGCUUCUGAGGCCCGAGUGCGGGCGCUUGACGCCGAACUGAACAAGGCGCAGUUUUCACGACGUGAAGCCGAGGCACAGCUAAGCAACUUGUCUUCUACAAUCAGACAGACUCUUGGAGUUAGAGGCCACAGUCCUUCACUGCACAGAUCACUCUCUCCCAGUAAAGGCAAGAGCUUAAUUAUCGAUGGCUUGUUUUUAGAAGGACGAAGAACUCCUGGAUCACGAGGUGGGUCCCCCGAUCGCAGCCGCUCUCCAUACCCAGAGAUGGACACUGAAACUGUGAAAUCAGCCUUAAAGGACCUUUUGCAAGAGUUAAGAGACACUCAAAAAGAGAAGGAUGAGGCUGGAAUUCAGAUCCUGUCAUUGCGAAGACAGCUUGAUGACAGUGCUAAUGCCAGUGAGAGACUGCAGAGUCAUGUGCAGAAACUGCAGAGACAGCUGAGUGAACUCCAAGAAGGGCAACAGAGAGCAGAUGAGCGUCUGGGCUGUGCAAACACAGAAAUGCGACUUCUUCAAGAAAACCUACGGCAAGCUGAGAAAGAACGGCAAACACAGGGAGAGCGUGCCAUGGCACUGGAGCACAGUCUGCGCAUCUGCGAGGAUGAAAAAAGAGAUUUACAGGAGCGUCUGUGCCGUGUUCGUAGUGGGGAAGGCAGACAGGAGCUAGAGUGCAAGAGCCUGAGGGAGGUUCUUGAAGCUUCAGAGAACCGUGCCACAGACCUGGAGCUGCGACGCCGCUCAUUGGAAGGGGAGCUUGAGCGUGCUCGACUAAGCCUUGCAGAAAAAGAAUUGGAAACCCAGACCCUUCAAGAGCGGGCACACCACCUACAGGAAGAUCUUACGCUAAGUGAAGACAAAGAGGCUGCUCUCCAGAGAGAGGUUCAGCGAUUGAGCCUGGCAUUGUCGAGGGCACAAGAUAGUGAGCAGCAGCUGCAGGAGAAGUCCCUGGAGCUGAUGCAGGCCCUGGAAGAAGCAACAGCUGGCAGAGGUAACCUGCAAGGCGAUGUGAGCCAACUACAGGCAGCUCUGACGGCAGCUGAACAGGACAGGAGAGUUCUACAGGAGCGUCUAGACUCAGUUCGGCAAUCUCUAAGUGAGAGCAAGAGGAUGAAUAUGCGCCUCACCCAGACCAUUCAGGAACAGCAGCAACAGCUGGGGGACAUGGAGCUGACCUGCAGAGAACUGCAAGCAAGAUCCGAUGAUCUACAGCAGUCGUUGCUGAAGCAGCAGAAGAGAGAAGUAGAACAGGAGGCUGUGAUGCUGGAGCUUCAGGAGAGAGUGAUGAUUUUGCAAGGAGACAAGACACAGGUUGAGAUGGACAAGCAGGAGAUUCAGCAUUCGGCAGCUGUUUUAGAAAAAGGGAACAAUACAUUAAGAAUCUCCCUGGAUAAGGUGAAGCUUGAGCAAUUGCAGAUGGAGGGAGAGAUCCAGCAUCUCAGCAACGAGAAGGAUCAGCUCAGUCAAUCAGUGAUUUCUCUAAGAAAGAACCUCGCAGAAGCACAGAGACAGAACAAGUAUCUGGAGAGUCAGAUAACAGAGCUUGAAAGGAGCCAUGCACACCGCCUGACGGAAGUAACUUUGCGACAUCGCCAGGAGCUAGAAUCUGAAGGGGAAAGACUGCGUACCAUUCAGCAACAGGCAGAAAGUACGCUCGAAGUACAAGAGCGAGCACAUCGGCAUCGAGUCAGAGGACUAGAGGAUCAGCUUAACACCUUGCAGGAGCAGCUGGAUCAGGACAUGAGGCGUAGGAAGACCACACGUCAGUGAUUCUUCAAUAAUUUCACUGUGGAAAAGAAGACUGUUCAAAUACUGUGUUUAAAGACAAUCAAUUCUAUGCCAACCUUGACUCAUAAACUAUUGAUUGGAAUGUACACCAGGGGAGGGCUUGCACCUUCUGGCCUGGGGGCAUGUAAAGCCAAGUGGCACUGCACCUACACUCUAACACACUUACACACCAACAUACUUUAACACACAAACUUAAUUGUGCAGCGCUCUGUCUUCACAGCAGUUCACACUCUCUGUGCGAGCUGCUGUUCUAGUACAUUUUAUGUGACCCCACUGUACUAGCACAGCCUCUCUCUCGAAAAUUAGGGGCAAUUGCCUCUGCCCUUGGUGUACAUUAAGCCAUACACUUUUCAAAGCAGAGAUAUAUAUAAAUCCAUAGACUGGCAUGGACCACUUUUGUUUUAUUUUAUAAAAUCAGGGAUACUUUCUGUCAAUACAAUGCAGAGGGAGAUGAAAAAAGCCCUCUG